AUGCUGCGAGGCAACGAUAACAGCGACAGCAGCUACAAUCUGCCACACUUGGAUGGCGAGGACGCCACAGAUGUUCCUACCACCUGGUUCGCAGCCACACUACUCGAUCCACCUCUCGUCAAGGACCACCUACGGGUUCGACUUCAUCACACGCCGACACCCAUCGAGCAGCCUAUCCGACUGACCAUCACGGGCCACACCGCCAACGAAUCGACCAAGACUACGAUGCGCCUCGCCGCGCUCCUCGGGACACUCUGCGCGGCCACGCUGGCCGCGGCCGCGCCGCGCACCGCCCACAUCUACAUCCAAGCCGUGCAGGACGGCGGCGGCAAGCCUCACCCCCUCGCCGAGGUCUCCUACGACGUCUCCGCGCCCUCCGCCGGCGCCUCGAUGCUCACCUACGAGGCGCCCGACCUGCCCGACGGCACCUCGACGGUGCGCGUGGGCGCGUACGACGCCGCGUCCGGCACCUGGGCCUCGGGCACGACGGUGGCCUCGGCGGACAACCUGGCGCGGGGCUUCGCACCGCACCUGCUGCUUUCGACGGACGCGGCGGCGGGCGAGGUGGUCAGCGUGGCGCUCAAGGGCGUGCGCAUCGACGCGGGCCACACGCGCGACUUUGGGCCGCGCGCGGUGCUGCUCCCCGAGGCGCGAGGGCGGCAGCCGGCGCUCAACAAGCCCGUGGUGCUGAACCCGGAGGGCAAGAGGGAGGAGCCGCAGGAGAAGACGCUGCUGCAAAAGUACUGGUGGGUGAUUGCGGUGGUGGUUUUCAUUGCGAUGAGCGGUGGAGGGGAAAAAUAG